AUGUUUUAUUUUGGCCCGGAGAGUGCGAAACCUCCGCCAGAACUGCCAGAAGAGCCCGUUCCGUCAUCGUCUUCCCCAGCCGGAUCAAAUUUAGCUCUACAGCACAAAGUCCGCGAGGGUGUUCCAAAUGGUCUACCCGAAGUUUCCACUCACUUGCCUGCCAAACGAAGUCGCAAGGCAGAACGCAACGGAAGUGGUACGCGCAAACUGUCUGCUUCAGCUAGUCGACAUGGGAACGUGUCUGCCAUGGAUGUUGACAUGGCCAACGGCCACCCUCAUUCCCGGGUAGACGCGAGAUCGCCCUCAGCAACCGACACUGGAGCUGACGAGAAUACGCAUCUUAUAAAUGGAGCUAGGAACGAUGACCGUAUGGACCUGGACGAUGACUCUCUCACCGCGGACCAAGGAACCCAUGAACUUCAUGUCGAAGCUUUACCACCUCCAUUGCACACUCUAACAACUGGAGAGAGCGUUGGUAUACAGGUCGCGCCCGCCAAGGUCGCAAAUCUUUCUGCUUGGACCAAUCUGCUUCAGAUCCCAUCUCCGGCUGGAGACGAAGAGCCCAAAGCUAUCACGCGAACUGCCUGGCGACCGGGCGACGACAGCUCCCUGGCAGCGUUGGGAGACGGCUUUUGCGGAGUAUGGAAAACCACAAACCAGUCAGCCGAUUCCGAUCAGCGUCCUCAUUUCCACGAACUUGUAGACCUCACCGAGAUGAAGCUCGUCAGUGCCCUUGCUUGGAAUCCAGAUGGAGAUAUUCUCGCCGUGGCCACCUAUAGUGAUCCCUCGGGGGAGAUCCUCUUGUUCGAUGGCCAAGAACUCAACCUUAUGGAAGCUUUACCCGCGUCUCAAAAAGCGAUUACAUCGCUGCGUUGGCACGCCCGAGGCUUGCGUCUGCUAGGCAUUGCACCAUACUCGUCCGACAUAGCAGACUCUACUAUUCUGCUAUGGGAUUUGUCAAGGUCGCCGAACAUUGCUGGACCAUUGUCGAUCUCUGUUCCCGAGAUCCUAAUAGAUAUGGACUGCGCCUCAUUCGGGACGAACGGCAUGGUCUGUGCUGCCGGGGGAAACGCCGUCUACCAUUGUCGAGCCUUUUCCGACCUCAGCAUUGAGCAUACCUGGACAUCGAAUCCCGGUGAGAAUGACCAGUGGACUUUUGUCAGAUGUGCCUGGCGCGGUUCCCUGGAUGGCAUUGUGGUUGCGGCGUCAGGCGACAGUGGUUGUCUGUGGCUGCCUGCUCAGAACUUGCUGAAAAGAGAAGCGCAUGAUGCUCCCAUUACCGGCCUCGAACUGCGCCCUACUCCUCCCGGCACAUCAAGUUCACCUUCAAAGGCCGAGUUUGCCACGUCGUCCACCGACGGAACCGUCAAAGUGUGGCUGUACGACGAGGCUAAUAAUACCAUUGUCUCAUUGUGCAAACUCAUCGUCGGUUAUGCUUCGCCCGUGAUGACGAUCGCAUAUUCGCCUGACGGGUUCUGUCUGGCAGGAGCCAGUUAUGACACAGUCCGGAUCUGGAUGGCUGAACACGGCUACCACCACAUGGCGACAUGGAAAGGUGAACCAGACUCAUGGGGUGGUUCAAAACUAAAAGAAGACGAUAUAAUGAGUGUGGGCGGCAUGUCUGGUGUAAAUGGAGAUGGCCCCCAAGCUAUCGCGGAUCAUACUUUGUCAUGGGAUGUUGGAAGUAAGAAACUUGCGUUUGGCCUUGGAUCACAGGUAAGUCACAUCGUGACAAUAAUCUCUGAUUCCGAGAACUCGGUGGACUGA